AUGGAGGACUACGAUUACCAUGACAACCUCACCCUGAACUACAGCUACGACAACUACCACACCGUAUGUGAGAAGGCUGGCGUGCGCUCCUUCGCUGGCCUCUUCCUCCCUGUUGUGUACUCAGUCUGUGUGGCGGUUGGGCUAGCCGGGAACUCCCUGGUGCUAUCCGUCUACGCCUACCAUAAACGUCUAAGGAGAACCAUGACGGACGCCUUCCUAGUCCACCUGGCCGUAGCCGACCUCCUCCUCCUCCUCACCCUGCCCUUCUGGGCUGCGGAAGCGGCGCGGGGCUGGGAGCUGGGCCUGCCUCUCUGUAAGCUGGUCUCUGCCUGCUACACCGUCAACUUCACCUGCUGCAUGCUGCUGCUAGCCUGUGUUAGUCUGGACCGCUAUCUGGCGUCAGUCAGAGCGGAGGGAAGGAACCAGGGAAGGCUGGGCAGGGUCUUCACCAGGGCCCACUGUGGGAAGGUCUGCCUGGGGGUGUGGGCUGUGGCUUUCCUCCUGGGUCUUCCAGACCUGCUGUUCUCCACGGUGAGGGAGACCUCCGGGAGAAGGGUCUGUUUGGCUGUCUACCCGCCCAGUCUGGCCCAGGAGGUCAAGGCCUGCCUAGAGAUGGUGGAGGUGCUCUUGGGGUUCCUGGUGCCGCUCCUGGUGAUGGCGUGGUGUUACUUCAACGUUGGGCGUGCGUUGGGGCGACUCCCAGUGGAGAGUAGGGGGAAGAGGCUGAGCGCUAUCCGGGUGUUACUGGUCGUGGUGGGGGUGUUCGUGGUCACCCAGCUGCCCUACAAUACGGUGAAGAUGUGCCAGGCGAUUGACUCUGUCUACACGCUGGUGACCCACUGCGGUGUGAGUAAGGCCCUGGACCGAGCGGCGCAGGUCACUGAGAGCCUGGCUCUGACCCACUCCUGUCUCAACCCACUACUCUACGCCUUCCUAGGGUCCUCCUUUAGAAAACAUGUACUGAAAGCAGCCAAGGCGUUUGGAGAUAGGACAAGGAGAAGGGAGGAGCAAGCUGUGGAGAUGUCCUUCAACAACUCUCACGCCACCUCACAGGAGACUAGUACCUUCUCCAUAUGA